AUGGACCUCAACUGCGACCCCAACAUGGCCGUCGACCCUAGUGCGCUCCAUUUCACGACUAUAUUUGAACAGUCGGCCUUCACGCUGCCCCCUGGCGAGUCUCCGCUUCUCCUUCCGAACGAGAUGGCGCACAACAACGCGCUCUUCUCCGGGGAAGACUUCAGAACGCCGCACUCACAUAUUGAACCCGGCACCGGUCGGAGACUCAGCGUCACUUCAUCCUCUUCUUCCUCCGGUGCCUCGCUCUCCCCCAUCAUGGAGCCUACUCAGGCCGUUUCAAGUUCACCACCAGAUGUCAACUUGAAUGAGUCGACCUCGAGCAUCCGACACCGUCUACCGCGUCCGGCGCACCGCAAAUCAGGCCCGGCGAAACUGGUGCCCCGCGUGCCCUCGCGCGGGAACCUACUCGCGGCCGUGGCGAAGGCCCGACAGGAAUCCCGCUCUGACAGCGAUCCUAGCCAUGCUCGGAAGCGGCCUCGCCACGAGGACGCCCAUGCCUCUGAAGCUCUCCCUAACUCUCCAUCUCUCCCACGCCCUCAGUCCUCUGAAGAACCCGACAGCACGAACUCCUCUCAGUCCGAUCCUGAGGACAUCCCAGGUCGUGAACCCGAGCCCAACAGCUCACCACCCCCAGCAGCCCCAGAUGCAGAGGACGAGGAUGAGACCGAUCCCAACCCACCUUCCCUAAGUCUGCGUCGUCCAAUCACAGCCUCGCCUAUGUCUAGCACGAGCAGCGACAGCGACCACGACGACGGCGAGGUAGUCCCCAUCGCCGAGCUCCUCAAAUGGAUGCGGUACGACGUCCCUAACCGCAAGUCGACCAAGCUCAUCCGCAAGUACAACAAGGCUGCACGCAGCAUUGCCCCAAUGUAUAGCCCGUUCAUGCAGGCCAAUGCCGCCUUCUCUGUCGGGCUAGACAUUGAAAUCGAAGGCAACGACGACGAGGACGACGCAACGGAUCCGCGCUCCUGCCGACGAAACAGCUAUCAUCGCGCGG